UCAAAGCCAGCGAUCAAAGGGAGCUCGAGGAGGCCUGGAGCGGCUGCGAGGCGCAAGACGUUGCCUUUACUCCACCGAGAGCCCUCUUCUCCGAUCUCACUUCAAAUACCCAUGGCUAACGAUGGCGGAGGAACGGCCGGAGAAGUCGGCAGCGGCGGCCGGCCCUUGCUCCCAUCGUCGAUCGCCGCCGGAGACCACACCGUGUGGGCCGAUGCCUCUCCCCUCAUUGAGGCAGCUUGCAAUGAUCUUCAGGAUGGAGAACUUAUACAUGGAGAGAACUUUAGUCUCUUUGCUGCCAUGUCUGCAUUGGAGAUAAUGGAUCCAAAGAUGGAUUCUGGAGUUGAGAACAGUGGAUAUUGCUCUGUUGAAGAAGCAAUAGAAAAUGGCGCUGCUCCAAUUCCUCUCAGUUUGGACAGAACUGUUGAUGUGCAACGAACUCUUGAUGUCAUGGAUCAUCUUUUAGCAUGUGAGGCAACGUGGCAUAUGGGUCAUUCACUGGCACAGACUGUCUUUUCGUGCAUAUAUCUUCUGAGGAUCGAAAGAACAUCUUCACAUGCCUUGUUGCAUUCAUAUUGUAGAAUAACACGUGCUACUUGUAAUGCUAUCAUUUCGGCAGUCGCUGAUGCACGUACUCAUGAGGAAGAAGACAUUUUCACAAUGGCUUAUGGCUUGCCCUUGAAAGGAGAGGGGGAUGAAAAAUGCUUAUCGAUUCUAAAUUCAGUUGAAGAAACAAUUUCUCGUCAAUUGCGUGCUUGUAAGGCUCCAUCAUCUAAGAAGAAGGCCUUAGAAGAUUUGGAGUCUCUACAGGACCAAUCCUGAUUUGGAAGAGGGUUUAGCUGCAGAGCUCUUCUGUGCCGCUUACGUUUUCGUAAGCACUUUUACCAUGUUCUCAUGUGCUUGAGGAAACCUCAAGGCAGAGGUUUGGAGCUGGCUCGAAAACAUGUCGCAUCAUGCUUGUCUGAGCUGGCCUCUAUAUAUAAAUCUCUGGAAUUUCUCAGAUCUAUUUCAUAUGGAUCGCUCAAGAAGAUAGAAAAUAGCACUACUGCCUCAGGUUGCCGACCUGUUGGUUUUGAUUGUUAGUUUAAAGCAAGACUAUCUGCUCCAACUCCACCACGUGCAAUCCGACUUCUAGCUGGAAAAAAGGCAGUUGCGUAUUUUGAGAAGCUUUUGCAUGAUUUAGUUUUCCUAUGUGCCUUCACUCUGGAUCCAAUGCUUGAGGAUACUUUGCGUUCUGUGGUCCAGUUCCAAAAUCGCAACCUGAUUUGUUGCAAGAGCUAUCUGCAGCUUCUAUUGGUACAAGAUGGGAAGCUCUAUGGGCGGGAUUUCUUUUAUGAUGUUAUCUCUAGGGCUUUAGCAUUACCAGAACUUGCAAAGAUCAAGAAUUUCAGAAAAAUGAAUUUGUUGUGCAGCUAGGGUCAGCUGGUGAUCAACUUGCUUAAAAUUCUUUGUAGCAACUCUGCAUGGCAGCGACGCAAGCUUGAGAUCUUACAGGACUGGAGUGUUUAUUUCCAUACAGGUCAGUCCUAUGCAAAUAAAAGAAAUUUCUAUACAGAAAAAGAUGAACUUGGACUUGACAGAUACUGUUUUACAUGGAGCUGCCUUCAAAAGGAGUUCGGGGAAAUGUUAAAUGUCUCAAUUGAUGAGAAUAUAUGCAUGAAAGUAUCCAAUCAUCUCCUUAUUUGGGCACAGGAGCAGACCUACUGGAUUGCUUCUCGGUUUCUCACAUUGGGAUUUGAGCUUGAACUUUAUUCUCCCAUUGAUUACUGCAUGGUUUACUGGUAUAUGUAUGUGGUCUUUAUAAAACUCUUGGAAAAGAUGCAAAUGAGGAUAGCUGCCAACAGUGAUAACUCCCGAAGAAAAGGAAAGAAGAAAAGGGAUCAUGCGAAGGAUUCAGGAAGAGAUGCUGUAGUUUCAUCUUCUUGUUUGCUGCUGCAGUGUUAUAUAUUCAUCUCUGAAGGACUGGCAAUGAUGCUAGCAGCGUUGGGCAAUGAUUGCAAAGUGUUCCAAAUGACAAGCCCUUUCAAUGGGGAAGAAGAGAGGUUUUCUCAGCACUUUGAACUAUUACAGAAAGCUCAAGUUCCCGAGCACAUUUCAUACUACCUUUUCAAAGAAUCAACAGUCCAUGCACGCCUAUUUAACGUAGCAAAGCACAAUUACUUUAGAGAAGCCCAGAGGAUUUUAGCAUCUCUUAAGGGUAGUUUCUCAGGUGAACCAGACAAGUUGCUAGAGGUCCGACAACUAGAACAGGUUGCAGAGCAUAACCGGAUAGCAUUGAAUGUUGUCAACCAAGUUGGCGGCCGAGAUCCAUCACUUAGGGUUUCUCUCGAGUUUACUCACCAUCCCUACUUUGCAGUUGCAGUGGUCAAAAGAUCAUAGUCGCUUUGUUGGUGAACCAAUUUUGAACUCUCAAUAAGACUCAGAAAUGAAGUCAAGCCAUCAGUUGUAACAUUACAUUUCUUCAGAGUACAUUUUGCCAUUUCAUUUCUAUGAAGUAUUAGUUGAAUCCAGGGCAGCACCUUCGCUGCCACCUUUCUUUUUUUUCAAAAACAUUUUUGUUUAUGACAUUCAUUAAGAUAUUACUAUUUGGUGUAUUAGUAGUUUUACCUUCCAAGUCCAUGUAUCAUUAUUUUUGUACUCAUAUUCUAAUCUUAACUUGUGAAUACAAGAGUUUUUCAGAUUUCAAAUUA